GCAGAAUUGGCGAUCUUCGUAGAUGAAAUGCUCUGGCGGCAUUUUAGCAGCAAAUAUGGCACAACGGCAAGCACUCAGUUGCAGGAUUAUGCACUCACGAUGCUCAACAACAUCCAGAUCAUGUAUCAUCAGCCAAGUGCCGUACCACAGCUUACUUUUCAUGUUGUACGAUUCGAAGUACUUAGCACUCAACCGAAUGCAAUGGCAGCACAUUUGCACAACGAUGGGCAUGCACAGAAAUAUUUGGACCGAUUUUGUCGGUAUCAACGAAGUCUGGGCGCGCGUGAUUGGGAUCACGCAUUAAUGCUUACUGGGUUUGCAGUUCACUUUUGA